UUCAUCGGUUCAUUUUUCCACGCUCAGGCAAUCGCCUUGUUUCCUCCCUCGCAUUUUUUCUUUUAUAGAUCUCCCCCAUCGACCGGACUGGAUCUGUUCCUUCCCCGUCACGAUCUCUCUCCUUUCGAUUCCAGAUCACAUCUUCUAUCUCUCUCUCUGCAACUCAUUCGCACUGAAUCUCAGACACUUCGUCUCCUUUGCAUUGCUUCCUCUGAAUAACGAAAGCGAGUUCUGUCUCUGAGAUCAGAAUCUGGUUAGAUUCAUGGUUUCUAGAUUGUAAGCAUGGACGCACUGCCUUCCUCCCAAUCGGGCAGGUUCGCGGUGGUCGACAGUGGCAGUAACAUUAGUGGUAAUUUCGUCGGUGCUGGUACUAAUUCCAACGAAUCGAGCCUCAACGUUCUCGGUCGAACAGGUUCGUCACCGAUCAAGUCCAUCUCCGAAGAAUAUGCUUCUUCUUCUGUUUCUUCUUCUUCUUAUGGCCAGAGCUUAGCUUCGAUUCUAAACAAUCCACAUGUCGGAAAGUCUGGUGUUUAUGCAUCUGAAGCUUCAUGGGUGGGUUGGUUCUCUUCUGCCUCCUCCGUCGGCCCUCCGGAAUUGACCCCCUUGACUCUGAACAAGGCGAUUUCGUUCACGGAGGUGAACCGAUCCGAUUUCCAACCUUAUCUAUCUUCGAUUUCGGAGUCUUAUGGGAGAUUCGAGGACGUCAGGCAUCACAGCAGCAGAGAAAACAAUGAUUUGGUUGAGACCAGUUCGGUUUCAUCGUCUAGUGGGGGUGCCGGAGGAGAGGUCAGUCGAGGUCAGGGUGAAGCACUUGUUGCUUGUUUGAGAGAAGUUCCAUCUUUGUAUUUCAAGGAGGAUUUUGCAUUGGAAGAGGGGGCGACAUUCAGAGCGGCAUGCCCAUUCUCCACUAUUUCUGAGAAUUUGGUGUUGCAGGAGAAGCUUUCGCAGUACUUGGAUGUGGUGGAGCUCCACUUAGUGAAGGAGAUAUCCUUGAGGUCUGAUUCAUUCUUCGAAGCUCAGGGGCAACUACAAGACUUAAAUGUCAAGAUCGUUGAGGCGUGCGGUCGGAUCAGGGAACUGAAGGAGACCAUCAGGCUCUUGGAUUCAGAUUUGGUCGACUCGGCCAGGCAGAUUCAGGAUUUGAGUGUUACCAGGAGCAAUUUGUUGGCUCUCCAACAAAAACUGAGGCUUAUAUUAUACGUUAAUCAAGCGCUUUCUGAUCUGAAACUGCUUGUUGCAGCGGCAGAUUGUGCUGGAGCUUUGGAUGUCACGGAUGACUUGCAACAUUUACUGGAUAGUGAUGAGCUUACUGGUCUACACUGCUUUCGUCACCUUCGGGAUCAGCUGGCAACAUCCAUAGAGUCCAUAAACAGCAUUCUUUCAGCAGAGUUCAUGCGUGCAUCUGUACAUGAUGCAAAAGAUGUGGAUUUGGUAAUUUUAUCAAAGGUGAAAGAAAGAGUUGUCAAUUUCAAUAAUGGGAAAGAUGAUGAAGUUAAUCUGGAUGAUGAAGAAACCAAUAACUUACGAGAUCGUCUUCUCCCCCUUAUUAUUGGAUUACUAAGAACGGCAAAACUCCCUUCUGUGUUGAGGAUAUAUCGUGAUACACUGAUUGCUGAUAUGAAAUCUGCUAUUAAGACAACAGUUGCAGAGUUACUUCCCAUUCUGGUUGCCCGACCUCAGGAAUCUGAUUUGAUGACAGGGGAAAGAGCAAUUGAAGGGGAUGGUGGGGGCUCAACACUUGCAAGCAAGUUGCGAAACCUUUCACCCGAAAGCUUUGUUCAACUUUUGGAUGCUAUUUUCAAGGUUGUAAAGGCACAUUUAGUGCGGGCUGCUGAAGUUAAAAAGGCUAUUGAGUGGAUCAUGGGCAGCCUGGAUGGAUGCUAUGCUGCUGACUCUGUUGCUGCAGCAAUAACACGGGGUGCAGCAGCUGCAGAAAAAUCUCAAGAGAGUGAUAGUCAACUUAAUUCAUAUCAGCCAUAUUCUCUUCAGAAGGAUGCUACCAAGGUUUCUUCCUUUCAGGGAAAGGCAAAUGAUGUUUCAAGUCAAUCAAAUAUGUCAAAAAAUUUCAGAGCCGAUGUUUUGCGAGAGAAUACUGAAGCUGUAUUUGCAGCUUGUGAUGCUGCUCAUGGAAGAUGGGCUAAGCUCCUUGGUGUUCGAGCUCUUCUUCAUCCUAGGUUAAGAGUGCAGGAGUUCUUAAGCAUAUAUACUAUCACCCAAGAUUUCAUAACUGCUACUGAGAAGAUUGGUGGAAGGUUGGGCUAUAGCAUCCGUGGAACACUACAAUCACAGUCAAAAGCUUUUGUGGAGUUUCAACAUGAUUCUCGGAUGGCAAAGAUCAAGGCAAUUCUUGACCAAGAGUCAUGGGGUCCAGUAGAUAUCCCUGAUGAAUUUCAAGCAAUCAUUGACUCAAUUCUUUAUUCUGAAUCUCUAAUGAAUGGAAACCAGGCCGAUGUUCCUGGAAAUAUAGAAAUAAGUGCUGAAGGGGUCUCAAGAAAUGAUGGUUCAAUCGUGUUAGAUACUGGAAUAUCUUCUUCUGAACAGAAUACUGAACAGAGUAGUUCCAUUAAAACUUCAUCAAAUGACACCAUAGAAGUCAAAACCAAGGCUGCAGAAAACCAAGAAGGAACUCAAACUUCUGUUCGUUCAUCUCAGAAUGAUGAUAAUAAUACAAAGGAGCAUGUAAAAUCCACUUGUCAGACUCUUGUGUAUAAAGGUGUUGGUUAUCACAUGGUAAACUGUGGUUUAAUUUUGCUGAAGCUGUUGUCAGAGUACAUUGAUAUGAAUAAUCUUUUGCCAGCAUUGUCACCUGAAAUCGUGCAUCGUGUUGUGGAAAUUUUAAAAUUUUUUAACACAAGAACCUGUCAACUUGUUCUUGGAGCUGGCGCCAUGCAGGUUGCUGGUUUGAAGUCCAUAACUUCUAAGCACUUGGCUCUAGCAAGUCAGGUUAUUAGUUUCAUUUAUGCCUUUAUUCCAGAAAUCAGAAUAGUUCUUUUCCUGAAAGUACCCAAGUCACGUAAGGAUCUGUUGCUUUCUGAGAUUGAUCGAGUGGCUCAGGAUUACAAGAUUCACCGAGAUGAAAUACACACAAAGCUGGUACAGAUAAUGAGAGAAAGGUUAAUGGUACAUAUUCGUGGGUUGCCACAAAUUGUUGAGAGCUGGAAUAGACCAGAUGACAGUGAUUUACAGCCUAGUAACUUUGCUCGAUCCCUUACCAAGGAAGUUGGCUACCUUCAACGUGUCUUAUCUCGAACUUUACAUGAAUUAGAUGUUAAAGCUAUUUUCAGGCAAGUUGUUCAAAUCUUCCAUUUACAAAUUUCCGAAGCAUUUUCACAUUUGGAGGUUAGCACACCCCAAGCAAAGCAAAGAUUGUAUCGUGACGUACAACACAUACUUGGAUGCAUUCACUCUUUGCCUUCCGAUACGUCAAGUCAAGAUGGUGUGCCAAACUUUGGGAAACUUGAUGAAUUCUUGGUGCAAAGAUUUGGGACUGAAGCCCCUCAAUGAAUGCCUAUGUAAAGUAGCAAACAAUCCAUCUGUUUGAAGACUAACGUAAGUUGAAGGGAACAUUUUCAGCACAUCCAAUCAUUGGAGAUUUUCAAUGAUUCACUUGCCUUGUACAACCGAACCAAGGUGUUUGUUCUUCUCCUAACAAUGGAUAGACGAAGGAUUUGUCCCAUAUAAUCAUAUCGAAAUCCAGGAGUAAAUGAGUAAUACUGGGCCUUCCCUGGAAUUUUGUGGUGUCGCUGGGAUGUUUUCAUGUUAACCUAGCCAUACACGAUUUAUGAUAAUUGGACCUCAAGAUCUCAUUUUGUUUGCUUCUUCAAAUUUUAGCUCUAGUUUGAAAUAGAGUGGUCAUGUAGAUCGAGUUGAAUACAUAUUCUAUUUCACUUUUUUUCCCUCUCCUACUUUCUUUGUGGUCCCAACCCUCAAUAUAUCGUUGACAGUAAUUGUAUCAUGAGCAAUUAGUUUGAUGAAAGUUUGUCGUUUCCAAAUUGGAAGUAUGGUUUACCAGUACCAAACCA